AUGUCACUGUCCAUAACAAAGAACAAGUACGCUGCAUUACCCGAUUCCGCCGAUCUAGCGUCCGCAUCGACUGAAGCAAGCGGGAAAACGCUUCUUCCCUCUAAUGGGAACAAGCUGAAUUACAAUUACCCCUCGCAUGAUCUCGCCAGCGAUGAGGAGUUUGAAUUGGAGACGAUUAAUAACUUUGACUAUGAAAUACCAGUUGAUGAAUUAGACGAGACGGAAAGGCAAAGCCAUCGACGUGCGUCGUCGCAACAUAGUGCCACUGCAAUAACAGCAAGCUCAACAGCAGGAGAAUCUACGUCAUCUGGGUCUUCGAAUAUGAAGAUGGCAUUUAUGAAUAUGACAAAUUCGAUAUUGGGUGCAGGAAUAAUAGGUCAACCUUUGGCUUUCAAAAAUAGUGGGUUUUUAGGUGGGAUUUUGGUUAUGAUAGGACUCACUGUGCUCAUUGACUGGACGCUAGUUUUAAUUGUGAAAAAUUCGAUACUUGCACAACUGAAGUCAUAUCAAGAUACAGUUCAUCAUUGUUUUGGCUUGACUGGUAAAAUCGUCCUUCUUGUAUCCAUUAGUUCAUUUGCAUACGGCGGCUGCAUGGCAUUUUGCGUCAUUAUUGGCGAUACGAUACCGCAUGUGCUAAAAGCGUUCAUACCUAGUUCUAUAACCGAUGGUGCAUUUGCAUGGCUAUUCAGUCGUAAUGUUAUUAUCAUUCUUUUCACGGGGUGCAUAUCGUAUCCAUUGAGUCUAAAUCGAGAUAUCUCGAAAUUAGCAAAAGCUUCUGGAUUCGCAUUGUUGGGAAUGCUUACCAUUGUUGUCUUGACUGUUGUACGUGCACCAUUUGUGUCAUCUGAGUUGAAGAGUAAAGUGGCUGGUUCUCAAUGGCUUUUCAAUGCAAACAUUUUCCAAGGAAUAUCAGUUAUUUCCUUCGCCUUAGUGUGCCACCACAACACAAUGUUCAUCUAUCAAUCAAUGAGGAAUGCAACUUUGAAAAAAUUUACCAAGUUGACUCACAUUUCAUGCUUCAUAUCAAUGAUCUUUUGUAUGAUUAUGGGAAUCAAUGGAUACUUGAAUUUCGGCAUGUUGACAAAGGGAAACAUAUUAAACAAUUUCAAAAGUAGUGACAAUUGGAUCAAUCUUGCUCGAUUCUGUUUCGGAUUAAAUAUGUUGACCACCUUCCCCCUUGAAAUCUUUGUCGUUCGUGAUGUGUUGAAGGAGAUCUUAUUAAGCCGGAAAGCCGUCGGAGGAAGCACGUCCCAUUUGGAAUUGAGCAAAUGGCAACACUUUGCAAUCACAUCAUUACUCGUUUUUACGUCCAUGGCGGUCAGUUUAUUUACUUGUAAUUUGGGUAUGAUUCUUGAACUUAUUGGCGCUACUUCAGCAAGCUUGAUGGCGUAUAUCAUUCCGCCAAUGUGUUAUUUGCGAUUAUCGUGGCUACAAUUGGACUGGCACUUAGCACAAUCCUGGGAGAAGAAACGGUUUUUGUUGCGAAAGGCGUUGCCUAGUGUUGGAUGUAUUGUGUUUGGAUUUUCUGUCAUGCUUAUCAGCUCUGGAAUGACCAUUAGAGACGCUGUACGAAAUAAAGAUGGCAGUGACCAUUGUGCUAUAGAUUAA